AUGGAGGAAGACAUUGGCAAGAGAGCCCUAUCCAACUGCGGCCCAUCAUCACUCGAUCCACACAAGCGAGCAAAACAAUCUAUCAAGGUUUAUAGUCAAGAGGUGUCCCAAGCCCUGUCCUCUCUCCUUCAGCAACUCCAAUUCAUCAGCAGCACAGGUGUAAGCAAAUCAGAUGCAACACAGGAGCUUGAGAUGGCCUUGACCUUACAAAAACAGGUGAAUUCAGUUGUCCAACAGGCAACUACCAAUGUCAGGCUUGCCGAGGACGAUUCCUGCUUGCGGCACGAGGAUAUGUGGACCAACCAGAUCUUCCCGUUUUUGGGCAUGGGACAUUUUGCCUUUGUGGCUCCAGUCAGCCAUAAAAUGAAAGAUCUUUACUCGGCUUAUUGUGGAGCCGUGGAGAAUCCUCCAAAGUCAAACGAUUACCAUAUGGACACCGAUACAUUGGAAAAGGUCUCAAUCACCAGCACGGAUACUCUCCUCGAAGCAGUCUUCUCUAGUCUUUCUCGAGCAGAAUAUUGGUACAGGCACCGUAGUACUGGGAGCAACUGUACUGGGUCUGGUGGACAGAUCGAUGGUGCCAGGGUUUGUGCCGCAGCUGCCAGAGCGGGCUGUAUUGAAGCUAUUCAAUGGGCCCACAACAAGGGAUUCGAUUGGGACGAAGCCACAUGCAGUGAUGCUGCCAAGAAUGGUCAUGUACAAAUCCUACAAUUUGCUUACGAUCAUGGCUGUCCUUGGGAUGAAAACACAUGCCACAAGGCUGCUGAAAAUGGUCACUUGGAAUGCCUCAAGUUUGCUGACGAACAUGGCUGUACAUGGGAUGAGGACACAUGCAGCAAUGCAGCCAGAAAUGGCCACCUGAAAAUUCUGAGGUACGCCCAUGAAAACGGCUGUCCAUGGGAUGCAGGCACAUGCAGAAAUGCUGCCAGAAAUGGCCAUUUGAAAAUUCUGAGAUAUGCCCAUGAAAAUGGCUGUCCUUGGGAUCAAUGGACAUGCACCCAGGCUGCGGUGAAUGGCCAUUUGGCAUGCCUCAAGUACGCCCAUGAAAACGGCUGUCCAUGGCAUGGUAAUACAAUUGCAGCAGCUGCUGAAAAUGGCCAUUUGGAAAUUCUGAGAUAUGCCCAUGAAAAGGGCUGUGUUUGGGGAAAUGACACAUGCAUCAAUGCUGCUCGAAAUGGCCAUUUGCAAGUUCUAAAGUAUGCACAUGCGAAUGGAUGUCCAUGGAAUGAGCUCACAUGCAGCCUUGCUGCAUACAAUGGCCAUCUGGAAUGCCUCAAAUAUGCGCAUGAAAAUGGAUGUCCAUGGGAUGAGGACACGUGCCGUAGUGCUGCCAGAAAUGGCCAUUUGGAAAUCCUGCGAUAUGCACAUGAAAAUGGAUGUCCCUUGGAUAGAAACACAUGCAGCCGUGCUGCUAUGAAUGGCCAUUUGAAAUGCCUGAAAUAUGCACAUGAAAAGGGAUGUCCAUGGAAUGAGCUCGCAUGUACCAAUGCUGAAAGAGGUGGCCACCUAGAAACGAUGAAGUACCUUCAUGAGAAUGGCUGCCCUGGUUCUGAACAUUUCCCUGUGAUGUGGUGA